CAGUUGAGUUGGUUGAGCAGGUUGAGCAGGUUGCAGAACUUUUGGAACGAAUGCAGAAAUGGAGGUGAGUGGAGAAAGUAGGACUUCAAACAUCAUAUAUGAUAUGUCAGAAUCGAGUUCGAUGGUUGCCCACCUGCGCUCUACUUCAAUUGGCUCUUCCUUUUGGCAAUUGCCUUGUCUGAUAUUAGCACCAACUGCGACGGAUAUUAGGGAGGCUUAAAAUGCAUGAUGGCAAUGAAGGCAGAAAUCCUUGAAGUGGGCAGCACUAAUUCUAUUUAAACUGCCAAUAAUGAGCGUUAACUAACCUAAACAUCGAAGACAGGUUUUGCCUGAGGAGAGAUGUCUGUAGAAGACAUUGCUAAAAGAUGGAAGCUGCUGAGCGGGCAACAAAAGUGGGAGGGCCUCCUUGACCCUCUAGACCUUGACCUCCGUCGGUACCUCAUCCACUAUGGUGAGAUGGCUCAAGCUACCUAUGACACUUUCAUUAUGGAAAAAGUGUCGAAGUAUGCAGGGGACAGUCGAUAUUCAAUGAAAAAUCUGUUUUCUGAGGUCGGUCUAGUCUUGAACAAUCCAUUUGUUUACCAACCUGUCAAGUACUUGUAUGCUACCUCCAAAAUUGACGUCCCAGAAAGUUUUAUUUUAAAGCCAUUAUCAAGGGAUGCCUGGAAUAGGGAAUCGAAUUGGAUUGGAUACAUAGCAGUAGCCACCGAUCAGGGAAAGCAGGCUUUAGGCAGGAGGGAUAUAACAAUUGCAUGGAGAGGAACAAUCCAGCCUCUUGAAUGGAUUAAAGAUUUUGAUUUUCCACUGACGUCUGCUUCUGAUAUUGUCGGAGUAGAAAAAGAUGCUCAAGUUCAUCAAGGAUUUCUUUCAAUUUAUACAUCGGACAAUCCCCAGUCACAGUUUAACAAAACUAGUGUCAGGGAGCAGAUUUUCGAGACACUGAAGGAGCUGGUGGAUAAGUAUGAGAAUGAGGACAUCAGCGUGACUGUAACAGGGCACAGUUUAGGUGCAGCACUUGCAACUCUUAGCGCAGUUGAUAUUGUAGCCAAUGGGUUGAACAGGAGCGAUGAUCAAGCCAGCAAGGCCUGUCCUGUCACAGCCUUUGUCUUCGCCUGCCCACGCACGGGGGAUCGAGCAUUUAGAGAAGUCUCCGAUUCCUUCAGUGAUCUUCGUAUCCUCCGGGUGACAAAUACUCCUGAUAUAAUACCCAAAGUUCCACCAUUAGCGAUAGGUUAUAGAGACGUUGGACAAAAUCUAGAACUCGACAGCCGAAAAUCUACGUACCUGAAGCCUACAGGAGCAUUCAUAACUUGGCAUAAUUUGGAGGCAUAUAUGCAUUGUAUUGCAGGAACACAAGGGGGAAAACCCGAUUUUCAUUUAGAAGUGAACAGAGAUAUUGCAUUAGUGAAUAAGAAAUUGAAUAGUUUGAAGGAUAUAUAUUUGGUGCCCAGCGCUUGGUGGCAAGAGAAACACAAAGGGAUGGUUCAACAGGAGGAUGGCUCUUGGAAGCUAGAUGAUCAUGAAGAUGAUGCUUAAGAUGCCUACUAUGCUAAAAAGGAGCACCACCUUAGAUAUCUAAAAAUUGGAUUUUUCUUUUUUAAAAGAAUCUUACGAAUCAUGCAUGUUUGGUUACUGAUUAAUAACUAUGAGAAAGACAAUGUGGUGUUAAUAUUUUCUUAUAUAUUGUAAUAAAAUUGAUGCUGGGGUACAGUGUUUAUAUAA